GUCACAACUAACACUUUUUUUCCGUGCUCGGGUGGCAUGCACAAUGCUCACCUCACGCGAGUUACUGCACAAUCGGAUGUAAACGCAAGGGCUGUCAACGAGAUGCAGACCGGAAAUACUUUGAGGGACUUUUUUAUGCUGCGUCUCUGUUAUCGCCGUUUCAAAUCCAAUGCCGAUCGAGUCCCCAUCCACUUGUUUAUUUCUAUUUCACUGCUAGUCGUGUUCGGCCCGUGAACGGUGCCGCAGCACGGGGUGUCUUGCAGGGGGAAGGCGACCAUCACCACCAUCUGAUUUACAAAUCUUUCUUGUGCUGUUCUAUUGCUGGUAUUCCGGCGAUCCAGUAUGUCACUCAUACUCAUAUCAGGCCUAGCACUCGUGAGCCAGACGGGUAUCCACGGCAAAGCCUUCAACUCUGUGGUAGGACCAUAUAUUUCCUACGGCGAACGCUUUUACAUGUGUGAAGAACCCAACAAUCGCCCGCUUGCAUGGACGUGGUAUUUGCGUGCUAGUCACUUCAACCCACUUAAACCAAACGAGUUGCAACGCCUGACGGGUAAUCUGACAAUUGCAGAUGUGCCUCUUGACAACAGCCUCUGGAUGAAAGCACUUGUGGUUGUUCGGUCAAAUAAUCAGUGGAAGGAAAACGCCUUUGUCGUCCGUCUUAAAGGGGCCUAUCGGUCUCUUAAACAAAAUAUUCCUGGAUUUUACGAGCGGGUUCUCAAGAGGGGGGAAGAUAUAGACGCAAGAUUAUUUAAAACUGGAGUUUACGAGCUCAAUAAUGACUCAGUUGACUGGACUUUUCCGAAUUUUCCAAUCCUACCUUAUGGUUUUUCAUAUCGUAGCGUGCAGUCGAGACCGGGAACCGGCCGCAGCCUGGUGACGGCUCGCUCUCAUGAAGACCGUAAUCGUAAACCAAACUGCGAGAGGGACGAUUUAAAAUUCACAGUCGCAGGCGCCCAUGCCUAGCCUGAGCCUCCUCCCGGCCUGUGCGGCCCGCCCAACAACUGCCUUCUCACCAAACCUUAUGCAUUGUGUUGCGUACUACGACCUGGAGAAUUUACAACAGCCACAUUUACGAGUUUAUUCAUGUGAUUCAUA